CCUCCACUACGCUACGCUUCACUCGUCGUCGGCUUCGCUUCACGCGCGCCCAGAUCCAGCCUCUUCACCUCGCUUCCCCACCACCACCACCACCUCCCCAUGGCGGCCGUGUCGGCGGCCGCCGCCCGCCUCCUCGUGCUGAGCCUCUGCGUGGCCGCCGCGGCGCUGCUCCGCGGCGGGGAGGCGUCGGUGCACGAGUACCGUGGGCUGGGCUUCCUCAACAAGGGCAAUGCGUUCAUCCUCCACGCCGGCAGCGAGGGCCUCUACGCGCCGCCGCCCGUGCCCUCCCCCGCGAACGCCACCGCCGAGGACGACGAGGACAGCGCCGCCGCCUUGGCCGACGCCUUCAUCCGGUUUGAUAAGAUUACUUUUAGGAGACCAGAGGAUGCUGCAAAGGAAACUGGUUCGGCAAUGGUUCAGAUACUUGUUUUCGAGAUAGAAGAUCGCGAAAUGAUUGGUGGAUCAGCAUACGGAGGUCAGAAAGCUAUUUGUUGCACCUCAGAUCUUGCGAAGUUAGGAGCUUGCACUGAAGGUUCUGUCAUCUACCAGCCAUCAAAGGUGAAUCCUGGCUGGCCACAGUUGUUUGUUGCAUCUUUUGAUGGAAGUGACCCAAUUGCAACACUACCUUCAAGGGUCAUUCCUAUAACAAAAACCGGGAUGUACAAUAUGUACUUCAUACACUGUGAUCCAUCACUUGCUGGUCUGGAGAUAGAGGGUCAGACUGUAUGGAAAAAUCCUACUGGGUAUCUUCCAGGUCGGAUGGCACCUCUUAGGAACUUCUUUGGAAUUAUGUCUUUCGCUUUCGUUGUACUUGGGAUCUAUUGGUUCUAUCAGUACAUGAAGUUUUGGCGUGAGGUUCUUCCACUUCAAAACUGUAUUACUCUUGUCAUUACAUUGGGCAUGCUUGAGAUGGCUUUGUGGUACUUUGAGUAUGCUGAGUUCAAUGAGACUGGUGUUCGACCAAAGGGCAUCACAUUUUGGGCUGUAACAUUUGGGACUGUUAAAAGAACGGUAGCCCGUGUUAUUAUUCUCAUUGUCUCAAUGGGAUAUGGAGUUGUCAGGCCUAGUUUGGGUGGUCUCACAUCAAAGGUGGUCAUGCUUGGAGGAACAUUCUUUUUAGCUACGGAAAUCCUUGAAUUGGUAGAAAAUCUUGGUACUGUAAAUGAUCUAUCUGGAAAAGCUCGAUUGUUCUUGGUUUAUCCAGUGGCUAUUUUGGAUGCUGCAUUUGUUGUUUGGAUUUUUAUUUCUCUAGCUAAGACACUUGACAAACUUCAGGCCAGAAGGUCGAUGGCCAAACUUGACAUUUACAGGAAAUUCACAAUAGCAUUGGCUGUAACUGUUCUGGUCUCUGUUGGUUGGAUUGGCUAUGAGAUUUACUUCAAAUCAACAGAUGUAUUCAAUGAACGAUGGCAGUAUGCAUGGAUAAUUCCUGCAUUCUGGCAUGUCUUGUCCUUCUCCCUUCUUUGCGUCAUUUCACACCUGUGGGCGCCGUCAAAGAACACAAUGAGAUUUACCUAUGAUGCAAGCGAAAACUUUGAUCGAGAGGACAGUCUGUCACUAAUAAGGCCAGGGCCCAUUGGUUCCAAGAAUGGGUGGAACCUAUCCUCUUCACCAGACACCAAAGCAUCAAAGAACAUUACAGUUGCAUCUUUUGAUGAAGAUGAUGAAGAAAACAAAAGGGAGUAGAGGUCACUGUGCAUUUCAUGAGGGAGAGAAGACAAAAUGGGAGUAAAGAUCAUUUGAAGUGGAUGCUAGAUCAAUUUUUUUGGUUUGCAGCAGAGGAUCACACUUACUAAUUCUAGUUGUUGGAUAAGUCAACGGAAUUAUGGAAGUGUCUCUAUUAAAUUCAUUUACUCCACAGUAGUUUUUCACAUGGUGCGCCACGUUCCUGGCAUCACUGUUUGGAUGAUGAUAUAGUAGAUUUGAUAUAUGAUAGGAACAAUUUAUCUGUGACCAUUCUGAGGAUAUGUGGUGUAUAAUGGGUUUUUUUUGUAGAUUUGAUAUUGCUUCUGGGCUGUGUGAACUCGAAUAUUGGCAUGUACUACGGUAGAAGAAAAUAUUUUUUCUGUGUUUUGUUA